AUGUUUCCUGAACUGUUGCAAGCUUUCUUCAUUCCUCCCAACAUAUACAUAGUUCAUCGCGCUCUGAACCUUACAUAUCAGUUCUGGCUUCAUACAACUACAGUACCUUACCUCGGUCCUCUUGAAUACUUCUUGAACACUCCGUCCAAGCCACCGAGUGCACCAUGGCAGGAAUCCUUACUGCAUCGACAGGAACUAUGGCACCACCUUAAUUAUUUGGGACAGGUGAGGUGGUUUUUACACUUUGAUUGA